AUGUUGCGGGGCAGCCUCUUCCUUCUGGUGGCCUCUAUGACUGCAGCCAAAGGGAAUGGAAAGCAGGUAGACAGUACCCAGAAGAACUGGCCACCCAUGGUGCACAUGUGGGAGUUGACUGGCAAUUGGAUAGGAAACCUGGAGAAUGAGCUGAAGAACAGCAUCCAGACAAUGCAGAAGGUCCUGAACCAGUUGUUGCCCAUGGAGAACAAGAUGCUGGAGACUUUGCGUUCCAUUGACAAGCAGGAGAAGCACAUGCAGGAGCAGAGUGACAUACUGAAAAACCUGCAUGGCCACAACAGUUACCUGGAUCCUAUAAUGGUCAUCGCGGAUGCACAGCAGCAGGUCCAGCUGGCCGGCCUCCACAAUUUAAAGGAGCUGCUGCAGCAGCUGCUGGACCACCACAACAGCACUCUAACCAGCAUCCAGGACAGCUUGCAAGCUGCCAGCAGCAACUCCAGCCUCCGGCAUCAAAAUCAACACCAUCUUCUGGAGAUCCUGCAGGAGCUCAUUCACCUGGUGGACCAGGGCCCAGGUGCAGCUCUGUUGAAGUUCCAGGACUGUGAGGCCAUCCGCAGGUCUGGGCUCAGUGCAGAUGGUAUCUACACCAUCCUCGUUCCCAAUGUGACAGAGCCCAAGAGGGUGUUCUGUGUGAUGGGCACUGAUGGAGGCGCCUGGACCAUCGUUCAGCGCCGUGAGAACGGAACAGUGAAUUUUGAUCGGAACUGGGAGGAUUACAAGCAGGGCUUUGGAGACCCAGAUGGGGAGCAUUGGCUGGGCAACGAGGUGGUGCACCAGCUCACCAACAUCACUAAGUACUCUCUGCGUGUGGAGAUGGAAGACUGGGAGGGCAACAAGUUCUACGCCAACUUCGGGCAUUUUCAGCUGGGCAGCGAGGAGCAGUUUUACAGGAUUUUUCUGGACCAGUACAGUGGUGCAGCAAUGUAUGAGAACCACCUGAUCUUGGGGAACAACAACUUCAGCACCUAUGAUUCAGACCAUGAUGUUUGCACCUGCAAUUGUGCACAGGCAAUGACUGGAGGGUGGUGGUUUGACAGCUGCGGUGCCUCCAAUCUCAAUGGCAUCUACUAUCCAGCCGGAAAUCACUUGCACAAGAUUGAUGGCAUCCGCUGGCACCAUUCCUUUGAGGAUCCCACAUAUUCACUCAGUUCAUCCCGCAUGAUGAUCCGGCCCUUGCUCAGCUAGUGAGUGCAGUGUGGAGGCCAGUCAGUGUUGACUGUCAGCACGCUAAGACCAGCAAUAGCAUCUGCAUCAUACAUGUUCCUGAAGGCCAAGCAGACUAUGCAUGUGAUCAGCCCCGAAGACACUAGGUUCUCAGUCAAUGGUGAUAAUAGUCCUUCCUCAGAAGAAAUUAGUUUUCCAUUGCAUAAAACAUUCAAGUCUGAUGUCACACGUGGCCCUGGUUCUCUGUGAAUGUCCUCAACUGACUUGACUUUUUAAAGAAUGUCACUGGAGGAGAGCACGGAUUCUGUGGGUGAAGUAUGUGACUAUUCACUGUGCUAUGAGAGUGGUCCUCCAAGGACAGAAGUGACAAUGAAUGGUAUAGUGUGUGUGUGUGUCUGUGUGGGGUGUGUGUGUGUUUCUCUCUCUGUGUCUCCGUGUGUGUAUAUUGCAAAUGUAUAAGUGAUGGGACAGCCAUUUGAAGGUGAAACUGUGUAGGGCCUGACAUCCUGCCCUCUGCACAGAGCAGAGCAUCUUCCUCCGCAACUCUCACAGAUUUCCUCAUCGUGUUCAAUGGACUUGGGGCAGAUAACUAGCACUGUUCAA